GGGAGGGGUCGGCGGGCGGCCCCUCCCCCUGCCAGGUCCGGGCGGGCGCCUGGAGCCGCCAGAGUUUCCGCACCCGGGAGGGAGAUGCGGCCGGGGCUCAGGCUCCUUGCAGUUGUAAUUUAGAUUCGAGAAGUGGUUUAUCCUUUGACUGGAAAAGAAAAGUAGCUGCAGUAUUCCCCCAGCACUUGCUGAGAGCAUGCCGUAUGCCAGGCUGUGAGGCUCGAGAGACAAGCAGUGGAAGAGUUGCGACCUGUUUCAUCUCUGGAUUGUAAAUCUGAGCGUCCUUCUGGCCCCUGGAAGGGGACAGCAUCACCAUGGAAUGGUGUGUCCUGUUGCCUGUUGGAUCUGUCUCCAUCUUCACUCAGACAGAAGGCUAUAGAAAGAUGCCUGUGACUUCAGAUUCCUAACCAGCAUAAUGCUGGAGCCGGGAGCCACCAACCUGCAGUUUUCAGAAUGGCCGUGUUGGACACUGAUUUGGAUCACAUUCUUCCAUCUUCUGUUCUUCCUCCAUUCUGGGCUAAGUUAGUAGUGGGAUCGGUUGCCAUUGUGUGUUUUGCACGCAGCUAUGAUGGAGACUUUGUCUUUGAUGACUCAGAAGCUAUUGUUAACAAUAAGGACCUCCAAGCAGAAACGCCCCUUGGGGACCUGUGGCACCAUGACUUCUGGGGCAGUAGACUGAGCAGCAACACCAGCCACAAGUCCUACCGGCCUCUCACCGUCCUGACUUUCAGGAUUAACUACUACCUCUCGGGAGGCUUCCACCCCGUGGGCUUUCACGUGGUCAACAUCCUCCUGCACAGUGGCAUCUCUGUCCUCAUGGUGGACGUCUUCUCGGUUCUGUUUGGCGGCCUGCAGUACACCAGUAAAGGCCGGAGGCUGCACCUCGCCCCCAGGGCGUCCCUGCUGGCCGCGCUGCUCUUUGCCGUCCAUCCUGUGCACACCGAGUGUGUUGCUGGUGUUGUCGGCCGUGCAGACCUCCUGUGUGCCCUGUUCUUCUUGUUAUCUUUCCUUGGCUACUGUAAAGCAUUUAGAGAAAGUAACAAGGAGGGAGCGCAUUCUUCCACCUUCUGGGUGCUGCUGAGUAUCUUUCUGGGAGCAGUGGCCAUGCUGUGCAAAGAGCAAGGGAUCACCGUGCUGGGUUUAAAUGCGGUAUUUGACAUCUUGGUGAUAGGCAGAUUCAAUGUUCUGGAAAUUGUCCAGAAGGUACUACAUAAGGACAAGUCAUUAGAGAAUCUCGGCAUGCUCAGGAACGGGGGCCUCCUCUUCAGAAUGACCCUGCUCACGUCUGGAGGGGCUGGGAUGCUCUACGUGCGCUGGAGGAUCAUGGGCACGGGCCCGCCGGCCUUCACCGAGGUGGACAACCCGGCCUCCUUUGCUGACAGCAUGCUGGUGAGGGCCAUAAACUACAAUUACUACUAUUCAUUGAAUGCCUGGCUGCUGCUGUGUCCCUGGUGGCUGUGUUUUGAUUGGUCAAUGGGCUGCAUCCCCCUCAUUAAGUCCAUCAGCGACUGGAGGGUAAUUGCACUUGCAGCACUCUGGUUCUGCCUAAUUGGCCUAAUAUGCCAAGCCCUGUGCUCUGAAGACGGCCACAAGAGAAGGAUCCUUACUCUGGGCCUGGGAUUUCUCGUUAUCCCAUUUCUGCCCGCGAGUAACCUGUUCUUCCGAGUGGGCUUCGUGGUCGCGGAGCGUGUCCUCUACCUCCCCAGUGUUGGGUACUGUGUGCUGCUGACUUUUGGAUUCGGAGCCCUGAGCAAACAUACCAAGAAAAAGAAACUCAUUGCCGCUGUCGUGCUGGGAAUCUUAUUCAUCAACACGCUGAGAUGUGUGCUGCGCAGCGGCGAGUGGCGGAGUGAGGAACAGCUUUUCAGAAGUGCUCUGUCUGUGUGUCCCCUCAAUGCUAAGGUUCACUACAACAUUGGCAAAAACCUGGCUGAUAAAGGCAACCAGACAGCUGCCAUCAGAUACUACCGGGAAGCUGUAAGAUUAAAUCCCAAGUAUGUUCAUGCCAUGAAUAAUCUUGGAAAUAUCUUAAAAGAAAGGAAUGAGCUACAGGAAGCUGAGGAGCUGCUGUCUUUGGCUGUUCAAAUACAGCCAGACUUUGCCGCUGCGUGGAUGAAUCUAGGCAUAGUGCAGAAUAGCCUGAAACGGUUUGAAGCGGCAGAGCAAAGUUACCGGACAGCAAUUAAACACAGAAGGAAAUACCCAGACUGUUACUACAACCUCGGGCGUCUGUAUGCAGAUCUCAAUCGCCACGUGGAUGCCUUGAAUGCGUGGAGAAAUGCCACCGUGCUGAAACCAGAGCACAGCCUGGCCUGGAACAACAUGAUUAUACUCCUCGACAAUACAGGUAAUUUAGCCCAAGCUGAAGCAGUUGGAAGAGAGGCACUGGAAUUAAUACCUAAUGAUCACUCUCUCAUGUUCUCGUUGGCAAACGUGCUGGGGAAAUCCCAGAAAUACAAGGAAUCUGAAGCUUUAUUCCUCAAGGCAAUUAAAGCAAAUCCAAAUGCUGCAAGUUACCAUGGUAAUUUGGCUGUGCUUUAUCAUCGUUGGGGACAUCUAGACUUGGCCAAGAAACACUACGAAAUCUCCUUGCAGCUUGACCCCACGGCAUCAGGAACUAAGGAGAAUUACGGUCUGCUAAGAAGAAAGCUAGAACUAAUGCAAAAGAAAGAUGUCUGAUCCUUUUUCCUUCAUGUUUUGAGUUUGAGUGUGUGUGUGCAUGAGGCAUAUCAUUAAUAGUAUGUGGUUACGUUUAACCAUUUAAAAGUCUUAGACAUGUUAUUUUACUGAUUUUUUUCUAUGAAAACAAAGACAUGCAAAAAGAUUAUAGCACCAGCAAUAUACUCUUGAAUGCUUGAUAUGAUUUUUCAUUGAAAUUGUAUUUUUUCAGACAACUCAAAUGUAAUUCUAAAAUUCCAAAAAUGUCUUUUUUAAUUAAACAGGAAAAGAGAAAAAAUUAUCUUGAGCAACUUUUAGUAGAAUUGAGCUUACAUUUGGGAUCUGAGCCUUGUCGUGUAUGGACUAGCACUAUUAAACUUCAAUUAUGACCAAGAAAGGAUACACUGGCCCCUACAAUUUGUAUAAAUAUUGAACAUGUCUAUAUAUUAGCAUUUUUAUUUAAUGACAAAGGAAAUUAAGUUUUUUUAUCUCUUUUUUUUUAAACAAUAUACUGUGAACUUUGUAAGGAAAUAUUUAUUUGUAUUUUUAUGUUUUGAAUAGGGCAAAUAAUCGAAUGAGGAAUGGAAGUUUUAACAUAGUAUAUCUAUAUGCUUUUCCCCAUAGGAAGAAAUUGACUCUUGCAGUUUUUGGAUGCUCUGACUUGUGCAAUUUCAAUACAUAGGAGAUUAUGUAAUGUAGUAUUUUACAUAAACGGUUAUUAUCAAUUGAAAGUUCAAGCCAUGCUUUAGGCAAGAGCAGGCAGCCUCACAUCUUUAUUUUUGUUACAUCCAAGGUGAAGAGGGCAACACAUCUGUGUAAGCUGCUUUUUAUUGUGUUUAACUGAAAAGCCGUUUUCCAUUUUGCUUAAUGUAACUACAGACAUCCAGAAAAUGCAAAAUUUUCUCUGAAAUGGAGCCACAUUCAGGGAGUUCGUGAUAUUUUUAAGAAUUGAGUUGUUCCUGCUGUUUUUUAUUUGAUCCAAACAAUGUUUUGUUUUGUUCUUCUCUGUAGGCUGUUGACCUAAUGAUUUAUGCAAUCUCUGUAAUUUCUUAUGCAGUAAAAUUACUACACAAACUAGCAUGAAAAUGUCAUAUUGCCUUCUUAAUCAAUUAUUUUCAAGUAGUGAACUUUGUAGCCUCCUUUACCUUAAAAUGAAAUCAGAGUGACCAAA